AUGAGAAAUAAAUUGAAUAUAAGGGGAGAUAGUUGGGAGUAUAAAAAUAAUUAUAAUAAUUUUAGGGAUAGAAAUAAAUAGAAAGAAGAUAAGAAAAAGGAUGAGUAAAAAAUUUCUGAUGCAAUAAGACGUUGA